AUGUUGUUCUCCUUCGGGACCAGAGGGUCCCACAACAACUUGAACAUCGGAUCAGCCUCCUGGACGCUGUCGGACCUCCUGGACAGCGUCGCCCGGUGCGACCGCCUCAUGAUGAGGCAGAUCGAGGCCUGGGUGAAAAUGAUGACCGACUACAUCCGAGACAUGGCGGGCUGGUCGAACCAGUGCCGGCGAGAGGUGGUCGUAAGCCCGAACGCUGGGUUCCUCGCCCAGCACAAGGAGAGGGUGAGCUGGAUGUUCGCAUGCGACCAGUCUAGGGCUUCCAGGUCUAUCGAGUGGCGGAUCAACUGGGCAAUGCCGCAGAUGACGCUGGCCCUGGUGCAAGCCCAUUCCGAACGUGACUACGCGGUCACGAAAUUUAACAUGCCCCCGUUCAUGGCAUAUCAGAGCCAGAUGGCUAUUCGGUUCGGAAGUGCUGGUCGGGGUAGCGGGCGUCAAGUGCGCACCUUCGGUGAGUAG